GCCCCAGCACCGCGUGGGGUCGGGAGCGCGGCGCCUCUCCUUCCCUGGCUGCGCAAUCGCUGGGGCGGUCGAGCUGGCACCUUGCGCGAGAGGGAGGCAGCUGGUGAAGGAGUGAAUUCCUGCUCUGAGUUCAGACAGCGUCCGACGCCCCUAGCUGCCUGAUUUUGGACACAUUGUUUAACCUCUCCAAGGCCCAGUUUUCUUUGUAAACUUGAGAACCUGCUGACAUGACUGAUCAUGGGGCUGAUGAGCUGUCCUCUAGGACAGGGAGUCCAGACGGGGAAGAUCGGGCCCCUGAGGAGAGAUCCUUGCUCCAUCAGAGUCUGGCCGUCAGGGAACUCAUCGACACUGAGGUCUCCUACUUGCAUGUGCUCCAGCUGUGUGCCUCGGACAUUAGGAGCCACCUGCAGCAGCUGCCGCAGGGAGAUCUGGAUGUCCUGUUCUCAAAUAUCGAUGAUAUCAUCAAGGUGAACAGCAAAUUGCUUCAUGAUCUGCAGGAGACAGCCGCCAGGGAAGAGGAACAAGUGCAGCUGAUCGGCAGCUUAUUCCUGGAAUUCCAAGAGGAGUUGGAGCAAGUCUAUAAAGUGUACUGUGCCAGCUACGAACAGGCCUUGCUGCUGGUGGAGACCUACCGGAAGGAGCCACGGCUGCAGGGGGAGAUCCAGGACACCAUUGAGGCAGUGCUGCCUCAAGCUGGACCCUCAGGCCUCAGUUUCUUGCUGGUAAUUCCUUUGCAGAGGAUUACCAAAUACCCAUUGCUGCUGCAGAAAAUUCUGGAGAACACACUCCCUGAUGCCAGUGCCUACCCUGUCCUUCAGAGGGCUACCUCUGCCCUCCAGGACGUGGUCACCAACAUCAAUGAGUACAAGAGGCGCAAAGAAGUGGCCUCCAAGUACACCAAGGUGGAGCAGCUGAGCCUCUGGGAGCGACUGGCCCGCAUCAAUACGCACACCCUUUCCAAGAAGACCACCCGGCUGAGCCAGCUGCUGAAGCAGGAGGCGGGGCUCAUACCCAAGACAGAAGACAAGGAAUUUGAUGACUUAGAAGAGAGCUUCCACUGGGUGUCGCUGUGUGUGACGGAGCUGAAGAACAAUGUGGCUGCUUACCUGGGUAAUUUGGAGGCUUUCCUCCGCUUCCGGCCCCAGGAAUACGAUCUGGACAUCCCUGGGGGGCCUGUGGUGCAGUACUGUUACCUGGCAAGAGACCUGCAGCUCCAGGCCUUCCCUGAGUUUAAGCAGCGGCUGGAAGCCCUGGUGUGGCAGCCAUUGUGCAGCCUGGCCAAAGCCUUGGCUGGCCCUCAGAAUCUGAUCAAGAAGCGUCUGGACAAACUACUGGACUUCGAGAGGGUGCAAGAGAAGCUGUUGGAGGUGGGCAGCAUGACCUAUGAAGAAGAGGCGGCCCGGCACAUGUACGAGGCACUCAACUCCCUGCUAGUGGCUGAGCUCCCACAGUUUAAGCAGCUAGCCGUGCGGUGGCUGGGCCAGAUCCUGUGCACAUUUGUGACCCUCCAGACGGACCUUGCAAAGCAAGUGCUGCAGAGGGCAGAGGGCAGCUUGGCCCAGCUUCCCCACCACCACGUCUCUGAUCCAGCCUUCAGGAAGCUGGUGGAGGACGCACUGGGCCAGACCGGUCAUCAGCUUCACUCCUUUCAACAGAACUUCGAGAAAGUGCUGCCGCCUCCCACCACACAACCACUCCUUCCAGGGGCUGAACGCCAGGUGCAGGCGCUCCUGAGCAGGUAUGGCCCGGGAAAGCUGUACCAGGUGACAAGCAACAUCAGCGGGUCCGGGACUCUGGACCUGACUUUGCCUCGGGGCCACAUCGUAGCCCUCCUUCAAGACAAGGACACCAAAGGCAACAGCAGCCGAUGGCUGGUGGACACCGGAGGACAUCGAGGGUACGUGCCAGCUGGGAAACUGGAGCUGUACCACGUGGUCCCCCGUGAGGAGGAGCUCAGAGGGCAGGCAAAGCCUCACAGCGACUCCCAACGUCAGACGCCAGAGCCCACCUUGGCCCUGGUCCCUUCUGUCCCAGCAGUGACCCAGGUGGUGGCAGUGUACCCCUUUGUGGCCAGAAGCAGCCAUGAAGUGAGUCUGCAGGCAGGCCAGCAGGUGACUGUCCUGGAGGCCCAGGACAAGAAGGGGAACCCAGAAUGGAGCCUUGUGGAAGUGAACGGACAGAGGGGCUAUGUGCCUUCCAGCUUCCUGGCCAGGGCCCCAGGUCCAGCUCUAUGGGGCUGGAGUCUGCCCUCUUAGGGUGCCCUCCUUGGAGCCCAUGUUCCAAGAGGCUUAGAGGCUGUGACCCUGGGAGGGAAAAGAAGCAAAGAGAAGGUGGGGGUGGAUGGGGAAAUCAGCCCAGGGUGGGGUGAAGGGCACCCAGAAGGCAGCCAGAAGAGGUAGGUGGGCCUGGCGUGGGUGGACAUGAAAGGCUCUAACUAGGAUGGCUCAUUAUGUCUUCAUGAAGAGGGCGUUCCAACCUGAGUCACAACACCUGGGAUGGCAGGUCACAGCCGAUUGGCCAGGACUUGCUUAUGGCCUAUCUUACCUGUGCCCCGUCUGGGCCUGCCCAUGGGAGUGGGUCACCCAGGUGAGCAUUACCUGUGCGCUGUGUGGUUGCGUGGAGGCACACUGGAGAGUCCAGAACCGCCUGGCCUGGCAGUUCACUUCCUUCCUGUGGUAUAAAGAGAUACAACAGCCGACCAGUCAGCUUUUAUUUCUCCACGCUGGGAGCUGAGUUAUCUUGGGGAAUGAACCCCUGGGAGCCCUCUCUAGCGGGGGGAACGAGGGCUUGUCGGGGCAGUGGAGAGGUUCCCAGGAGACUUUUGGCUGGGCCAGGGAGUAGGUGUGAGCAAGUCACGAUUCUGGAAUGUGUUAAGGCAAAUGCAGAGGCUGCUUCAGGGAAGAGGGGAUUUUUGAGGGUGUGUUAGGUGGGGUGUGUGAGGCUGUUAGCAGCAGUUGUACACUGCUGCUGUGUUCUCUGGAUUAGGAGACAGAGGGGUAUGCAAAUCAUAGAGGAAACUCUGUGAAGCAGGUAACUAAAGGCCUGGUGGGUGGGUAAUGACUUGGUUUCCUGUUUCUGGAAGAAGGGGAGCCAGUGGAACCCCCAGUGGUUUCAGGAGGCUGCCGAGGGCUUGGAGGCAACAGUGGAGGUGAUGUCAGUUGGCUGUGGCCCCUCAGACAUAGGACACAACCUCAGUUUUCCCAUCUAUAAAGACCUAACUCAUAGGCUUGUGGUGAGAAUGACAUGAUGCUAAGGAUGUGGAAGCUCCUGGCAAGUUGUGAAGUGUGGUAUAAAUGUAAAUUGCAGGAUGUCUAGGAAGUGUUCUCAGGAUGGCCCCAGCCAUCGGCUGGCCGCUCCCCAUGCUCAUGGCCAUGGCAGACAUUAUUAAUCACUGUGGCAUCCUUUCCCAUAAACCCAGGAUCCCUCCCAACGCUGCAAUCUAGGUAACCAAACUCUUGAACUUGGUGAGAUCAAACUUAUUGUCAUCCCUUUCUAGAACUUAGAAAUUGAAGCCCCUCAAAACAGUUCCUGUUCAAGGAAGACUGACCACUGUGGCGAAUUUGGGUGCAGUCGCUAUUGGAUCAUCAUCUCUAGGUUGUAACUUGGGGCUCACAUAAAUUGUAAGAUUCACAGGAGAGGGAAAAGGUGAUCCACUGUAACUUUUAAAACAAAUUACAGAUCGUUUAAAAAUAUAUUACAGAGAGGGCAGAGUCAAGAUGGUGUACUAGGAGGAUGCGGAAUUCGCGUCUCCUCACAACUAGGGCACCUAGCGGGCACCAAUGGGCGACAACGGACAUCUAAGGGGACGGGAGGAACCUACAGUGACUGGGUAGGACGUGGGGCAUGGAGGGAGUGAAGGGGAAGGAGAAGUGGAGGCGGGAGGGGACUGGCGCCCCUGAGGGGCGGCUAGGGGAGGAGAAGGGAUCCCAUGCCCAAAGAGGGAAAUUGGGGAACCAUUGGGAGGGCAGAGGAUCAAAAGGGAGCGUGGCCAGGUUUCCCCUACCCACUUAGGCCCCCAGGAACCUGCUGAGAUUCUGGGCCUGAUCCUCUGCCCACCAAGGACCCCUCCAGCCACGUGGGUCCUGAGGGAGUGGGAGAGAGGGAAGGGGGAGAAAAAGUAAAGGCUGGACCUCCGGGACCAGCACCCCUGAGGGGUGGCUGAGGGAGAGGAGGAGUUCCUACACCCAGCGGGACCCACCCAUGGUUAGGGGUCCAGCGGCGACGGGGGAGACCCUGGGGGAGACAGUGGGGUAGGGGCGCAAAGGAACGGAAGGGAAUGCGUCAGUUGGAGCCCUCUUGGGCUCCCGGGCCUAAUCCUCUGCCCUCGGAGCCUCCCUCCUAACGUGCAAAGCCCAAGCCCUGGCCCUACAACCCCACCCAGGGCCCUACCUCUACACUCAGAGACCCCGUCCAAUGCGCUGGGCCUAAACCCCACCCACACACCCUCACUCAGGGCCCUAUCCCCAAACUCUGGAACUCCACACUCCAGAGGCCCCCCUUUCCAUGUGCUGCCUCUUCCCUCUGCGCAGGUCCUAAACAGAGGCCCCGCCCCACACCUGAACUUCGCUCCCCUACCUGCCUAGGUCCUGCCCCACCCUAAGCCCCACCUCACCUAAGUUCCACCCUCGCCUAAACUCCGCCCCCAUAGCCAAGGCUUUUUUUUUUCUUUUUUUUUUUUCCUCUUUUAGAUUGGGGUUCUGUUUUACCUUGUUGAUUCAUUAUUUUUCCUAAUAUAUUUUUUAUCUUUCUAAUUUUA